CCUUCUGCGGGAGUCACGUUAUUUACGCGCAUUGACACAUUGUUACAUUUGUUUCAUUCUCUAAUAGUCACGUGGUGCUGUUUACAUGGAAUGUGAAUGGCUGGGGUGACAGCUGUACCAGGCACCGCCCAUUCUGAUACCACGUGAUCGCCGGCAACAGCCAGUCGUAGGAAAGCUUGUGGUCACAUGACUCUGGGUUACAUUAUGAUCUGCCGCUGCAGGGUCCGGUGUUUCCGGUCCUGGGAUGGGGGAAUGUGCGGUGUAUCACGAGCGCCAGCGGCUGGAGCUGUGCGCGAUCCACGCCCUGAAUAACCUGCUACAGAGAGCGGAGAUCACCCAGCACCGGGCCGAGGAAAUCUGCUGGGGGUUGUCUCCGAAUUCUGUGAUAAAUCCACAUCGCAGCUUCCUGGGCACCGGUAACUAUGAUGUGAACGUCAUCAUGGCGGCUCUGCAGACUGUGGAUUAUGCAGCGGUGUGGUGGGAUAAGAGAAGGUCUCUGGAGAGUUUGGUCUUGAAUGAAAUUUUUGGUUUUAUCUUGAACAUCCCCUCCCCCAUCUCCCUGGGCUUCCUCUCUCUUCCCAUUACACGGCAACACUGGAUCGCUGUGCGCCAAAUUAACGGUGUAUACUACAACCUGGACUCCAAGCUGAAGUCUCCAGUGCGGCUCGGGGGCCCCCGGGAGCUGAAAGAUUAUCUGCAGGGCUGCAUUUCUCGAGGGAGCUGUGAAAUCCUUCUGGUUGUGACAAAGGAUGUGGAAGAGGCUCGGCUUUGGAUCAAUGAAGGUGAAAGGACCACAUGAGCUCCCAGAAUCCUGCACUCUCAGCUGGGCUGAGGUCACCACCCAAAGACUUUACAGACCUAAACUAAGUGUCUAUUUAUUGGGGUCCCCCCAUCUUCCUGUUCAGGUCACCACCACUUCAUGGAUGGAAUUCUCACAUCAUCCUGAACCUUGUACUGAUAUGCACUACUCUGAUGCCUUAAUGCUUGUUGAUUAUUUUUUUGUUUUUACCAGGUGCUGAAUAUUAAUAUAUUACACAGAAUGUGACCACUUUUAUGCUAACUCCAUUAAAGAUUUUUUUAAUAUAUGAUC